AUGGGAUACUUCCCUACAUAUCAUGCCGCUAUUGGCAUGAUAGUUCUGUUCUUUGCAAAUAUCUGCUUUGUCGCUGCCAAUUAUAACAACACUCACAUCUACAUCCAAUCUUCUCUUGACGACAUCUCCGCUUCAAACGACUGCAUCAGUGCUCUCGCUGUAAAUGUGUCUUGCAAUGGCGCUCUGCAGUCUGCAGUCCUGCAGACCAGUACGUGGUCUACCAACGCGUUGAAGCAAAUGUGCACCGAUGAUUGCAGAUCGUCUCUUUCGGGUUACAUCUCUACAGUUGAUGAGGAAUGCGGCACGGACAAGCAGUACAACAUCUCAGGGACCAUGCAGACAGCUUCGGACGCUGGAAAGAAGAUGCAGUGGCAGUACAAUGCGACUUGCUUGGCGGAUUCUUCUUCCGGGGAGUACUGCAAUAUGCUGUUUCAGGGAGGAGGCGCCUCUGAUAUCAAGUGCAGCAGCUGCUACCUGAAUUAUCUUUCGACUGUCAUCAACUCGAAAUGGGGUCAGGGUCUGUUCAGCCCGUCUGUGCUCACUAAUCAGGUCAAUUCCUGCGGUGCAACUGGCUAUUCUGUCACUUAUACUGCUCCUGCAACUUCUAUUACCGCACCUGCCUCGUCAACAGCCACUGCAUCGGUGCAACGGUGUGAUGUCAAUGAUAACAGCACAACAACCUACACAGUCGAAAAUGGAGACACGUGCAACAGCAUCUCCGUGGGGAAAAAUGUUUCGACUACGAAUCUGCCUGCCGGAUUCUUGCAAGGUCGCGCGAGUCGGUCAAACGAUGCAACCAGUUCUAUAGUUUCCAGAAUGAGCAGAAAAGUCACUACUAAGCAAUUCCUAUCGUGGAACCCGUCAUUGAGCACCAUCAAUGCCAACUUGAGUUAUGUUGCUGGCACUUAUGUCUGUGUUACCCCUCCAGGAUCUAUGGAGUUGGACGGUUCCUUUCCUCUCAAGACUGCAACUACAGCUGCACCUGUUCCAACUGACGCCGUGACAACCUCGAAUACAAAGUGUGGGCUCUGGCACAAGGUUUCCAGCAUUGACGGCUGCGACACCAUCGCAUCUGAGUUUGCUAUUUCCAAGACGGAUCUCAGAUUCCUUAAUCCACAACUUGACGCUGAUUGCAGGCGCCUCUGGGUUAACAACAGCUAUUGCGUUCAACCCGUCGGAAACAUCAGGACCUACUCUGGCUACCCUUCCUUUGUAUACACCUUCUACCAAUGGCCCACCAACACAAUCAGCACCGCGCAAGCAAUCAACAGCACCAAGCAGUCAAGACUAGCCAACUACACUCUCUGCAACCAGGUCUAUUCUCGAUACAACAUCACCAGCGAUCUCACCGAGGAAAUGUACGACAACGACGCCUGGAUGUCUGAAUACAACCGUGUCUGCGAGGUCGAUCCCAGUAGUCCCUUGCCGACCAAACCCUUCAACUAUAAUAUUCCCCUCGAAAUCACCUCUCAAUACUAUACACCUUCGUUCACAGCAUCUCCUGCAUCGAAAGCGAGUAUCAGCCACGCCACUUCAACUGUGCCUUCUGCUUCUGCUACGCCGACAGGUGAAACCAUCUCUCCAAACGGUCUUUGCGGUAGUCAGGGUGGAUACACAUGUCUUGGCUCAAAUUUUGGAAACUGUUGUAGUAAAUAUGGAGACUGUGGCUCUUCCGACGAGUAUUGUGGAAAAAACUGUGACCCGGAGUAUGGGUCUUGUGGAACUUCGAGUACCAGAGCGUAGAUGUUUGAGUUGAAUUAUCAUUAUAUAUAUAUUUACGUUCUACAUAGAAUUCGACCACGGUAACUACCAGCCAUUUGUUCAUAAAACAUACAUACCAAGG